ACGUUUCAAUUUUUCCGGCUUCUGCUUGUUCACUCAUUUCUUUGAUAUUCGUCGGUAAGCGUGGAGUAGUUUCCGUAAAAGUUGCAAUUUGAGUAGAAAAAUUUGAGCUAUUUAAUUAAAAUGUGAUGAAAUUAGUCUCUUUUUUACGCAAAGACCUGACUACUGCUGCUAGAUCAAAUAUGUCGUCCGUUCUGUAGGAGAGACCGACCGUAGCAAACGAGCAACACGGAUAGGAAAAUAAAUUGUCAAAAUGUAUCUGUACAACUUCAUUCUACAGCGUGCUACCGGCAUAACCCACGCGGUUCAUGGCUGCUUUGCGGGAACCAAACAGCAGGAGAUUCUACUCUCGAAGGGUAAAAGCUUGGAGCUGGUCAGACCCGAUCCGAACACUGGCAAGGUGCACACGUUGCUACAGACGGAGGUUUUCGGUGUGAUUCGGUCAUUGAUGUCGUUUCGUUUGACCGGCGGAACGAAAGAUUACGCUGUCGUUGGUUCGGAUUCUGGUAGAAUAGUUAUUUUGGAGUACAAUGCUGCGAAGAAUCAGCUGGAGAAGGUACAUCAGGAAACGUUUGGCAAGUCGGGAUGUCGUCGCAUUGUGCCAGGGCAAUAUCUGGCCAUAGAUCCGAAAGGUCGUGCUGUAAUGAUUGGAGCAAUCGAGAAACAAAAAUUAGUCUACAUUCUCAAUCGAGAUUCGGAAGCUCGUUUAACGAUUUCCUCUCCUCUGGAAGCUCACAAAUCCAGCACUCUCACUUACCACAUGGUGGGCGUUGAUGUUGGGUUUGAAAAUCCCAUGUUCGCUUGUCUGGAGAUCGAUUACGAGGAGGCAGACUUGGAUCCGACCGGAGAGGUAGCAGCUAAAACGCAACAGACGCUAACGUUUUAUGAGCUGGAUCUUGGAUUGAACCACGUGGUUAGGAAGUACUCUGAGCCGUUGGAAGAACAUGCCAACUUUUUGAUAUCUGUUCCGGGAGGAAACGAUGGACCGUCCGGAGUGUUGAUCUGUUCCGAAAAUUAUUUGACGUAUAAGAAUCUGGGCGACCAACAUGACAUUCGGUGUCCGAUUCCCCGGCGGCGAAACGAUUUGGAUGACCCGGAACGAGGCAUGAUUUUUAUCUGCUCGGCCACACACAGGACUAAAUCGAUGUACUUUUUCCUGGUUCAAACCGAACAAGGUGAUAUCUUCAAAGUCACUCUGGAGACCGACGACGACGUUGUUUCGGAAAUUAAACUAAAAUAUUUCGAUACGGUUCCACCGGCAACGGCGAUGUGUGUAUUGAAAACCGGCUUUCUAUUCGUGGCUUGCGACUUUGGGAAUCAUUAUCUCUAUCAGAUUGCUCAUCUCGGCGAUGACGACGAUGAGCCCGAGUUCAGCUCGGCUAUGCCACUGGAAGAAGGUGACACAUUCUUCUUCGCUCCCCGGACACUGAAAAAUCUCGUUAUGGUCGAUGAAAUUCAUUCCUAUGCGCCAAUUCUGAGCUGCCAGGUGGCUGACCUGGCGAACGAAGAUACUCCGCAGCUGUAUUUGGCCUGUGGGCGUGGCCCACGUUCGUCAAUUCGAGUCCUACGGCACGGUUUGGAAGUGUCGGAGAUGGCAGUCUCCGAGCUACCCGGUAAUCCGAACGCUGUCUGGACUGUGAAGAAACGCGUGGAUGACGAGUUCGACGCGUACAUCAUCGUGUCAUUCGUCAACGCCACCCUGGUACUGAGCAUUGGUGACACGGUGGAAGAAGUGACGGACAGUGGGUUUCUCGGAACAACACCGACACUGUGCUGUUCGGCUCUUGGCGAUGAUGCCCUGGUGCAGGUCUAUCCGGAGGGAAUUCGGCACAUCCGAGCCGACAAACGAGUAAACGAAUGGAAGGCUCCCGGAAAGAAGACCAUUAUGAAGUGUGCCGUCAAUCAGCGCCAAGUGGUGAUUGCUUUGUCCGGCGGGGAGUUGGUGUAUUUCGAGAUGGAUCCGACCGGUCAAUUGAACGAGUACACCGAACGUAAGAAGAUGCCCAGUGAUGUGAUGUGUAUGGCGUUGGGUUCAGUGCCAGCCGGUGAGCAACGGUCCUGGUUUCUGGCGGUUGGUUUGGCAGAUAACACGGUUCGAAUCAUAUCGCUUGAUCCCAGCGAUUGUCUGUCGCCUCGUUCGAUGCAGGCUCUGCCCUCGUCAGCGGAAUCGCUUUGUAUUGUGGAAAUGGGAACGGGUGACACUACGGAAGAGGGAGCUGUGUCCACUGCGGGGUGUUUCUAUCUCAACAUUGGCUUGACCAACGGUGUACUGCUGAGAACGGUACUGGAUCCGGUAUCCGGCGAUUUGGCUGACACACGAACAAGAUACUUGGGUUCUCGCCCUGUGAAACUCUUCCGCAUCAAAAUGCAAGGCUCGGAAGCCGUACUGGCGAUGUCCAGUCGAACCUGGUUAAGCUACUACUAUCAAAACCGGUUCCAUUUGACACCGUUGUCCUACGAGACACUGGAAUAUGCCUCGGGUUUCUCGAGCGAGCAGUGCUCGGAAGGUAUUGUAGCAAUUUCGACGAAUACCUUAAGAAUUUUGGCACUGGAAAAGCUGGGAGCAGUGUUUAAUCAGAUCACAUUCCCGUUGGAAUACACACCGAAACGGUUCCUCAUUCACAACGAAACGGGAAAGUUGAUCAUCAGCGAAACCGAUCACAAUGCGUACACGGAAGAAACGAAAAACGUUCGCAAAAAGCAGAUGGCUGAUGAAAUGAGGGAAGCUGCUGGGGAAGAUGAACAGGAACUAGCCAACGAAAUGGCCGAUGCUUUCAUCAAUGAGGUACUGCCGGAGGAUACUUUCUCUUCGCCUAAGGCUGGCACGGGAAUGUGGGCUUCUCAGAUUCGAGUCAUGGACCCCAUCAAUGGACACACCUAUUCGAAGGUUCAGUUGGCUCAGAAUGAGGCCGUCAUGUCGAUGGCUUUGGUACGUUUUUCGGUCGAUCAGAAGUGGUACGUUGUGGCUGGUGUAGCGAAGGAUUUCCAGAUGAAUCCAAAGAUCGUCACGGGGGGGUUCAUCGAUGUUUACAAGUACGAUUAUCACACGCAUCAGUUGGAACAUUACCACCGGACUGAGGUUGACGAGGUUCCUGGUGCACUUUGUUCCUUCCAAGGACGACUGCUGUGUGGCGUCGGCCGCGUUUUGCGAAUAUACGACUUGGGCAAGAAAAAACUACUGCGUAAAUGCGAGAACAAACACAUUCCCAAUCAGAUCGUGAACAUUCUUUCCAUGGGAUCACGCGUAUUUGUUUCCGAUGUGCAGGAGUCCAUCUACUGCAUCAAAUACAAACGUACUGAGAACCAGUUGAUUAUCUUCGCCGAUGACACCCACCCACGAUGGUUGACCGCUUCGACACUGUUGGAUUAUGAUACGGUGGCAACGGCUGACAAGUUUGGAAACGUUGCCAUUCUGCGGUUGCCUCAUUCCGUGUCGGAUGAUGUGGACGAAGAUCCGACUGGAAACAAGGCCCUUUGGGAUCGUGGCUUACUUAACGGAGCUUCCCAGAAGGCGGAAAAUAUCUGCACGUUCCAUCUGGGAGAAACGAUUAUGUCCCUGCAGAAAGCCACACUCAUACCGGGAGGAUCCGAAUCACUGAUCUAUGCCACCAUGAGUGGUACGGUUGGGGCUCUGGUUCCGUUUACCAGUCGGGAGGAUUACGAUUUUUUCCAACAUCUGGAGAUGCACAUGCGCAACGAAAAUUCACCACUCUGCGGUCGCGAUCAUUUGAGUUUUCGCAGCUACUACUAUCCGGUGAAGAACGUGAUGGACGGGGAUCUGUGCGAACAGUUCACUUCGAUGGAUCCGGCCAAGCAGAAGAGUAUCGCCACCGAUCUGGGCCGAACGCCGAACGAGGUUGCGAAGAAACUGGAGGAUAUACGAACGCGAUAUGCGUUCUAAGCUCUGAGUCUUGAGAUUAGUAUUAUUACAAAAUGCAUUCUAUCUGCACGUACAUUUAAAAGUUUUCAGAUGUUGUGAUUCAACUGAAGGAUGUAUAAAUAAUUAUUAGCCAGUUUUAUCAAAUCGAAUGCGGAUACCCUUAUUUCACAAAGAUUCUACACGAAAUGAAGUAGAAAUCGAUUUGACACUAUAAAACACUGCAAAGCAGACCCAAGUGAAAAUGAUUUGGAGGAGUUGAUUAAAAUUUACUACUAUUUUCUGGAGAACUCUGCACUUAAAAAUUAGACAUCAAUUGGACUCAGAACCCAACCACUCUCGAUGUUUCUAGCAACCAUAACAAAGCAGACACCUCUCUGCGUCGUCGAGUUCACCUCUCCAUUUUCUUCGGCUAAGCAUUUCACGUUGUAGUGAAGAUUAUUUUUAUUUGAUAAGAACCAACCGAAAUCACACCAUCCAAUGUGUGUUGGUCAUAUAAAUAGUAGUGGUAGUAGUUAAGAGUGGCAAUAAAAAAACCCCAGCAUCCGCACAAAAA